UACGGUGUAUCGUUUGGGCAUAGAGCUCGGGCGCCCUACGUACAGUACAGUGUAAAGCGCAGUCUGCACAUUCUCGAUCCGCCCAGCUCAUUGACGUGACGUGAUGCAGCUAGCCUGACAUAUUGGUAUCAUAACUUCCACCAGCGACUGGAUCUGUGACGUCUUAACAGUCGGGCCUGGCCUUUCGUCGUUGUUUGUUGACAAACUGCAGUUGGGAGUAAUUCUGAAGGCCGAAGUAGAAAUCAUCUAGCAGAUGUAUGUGUGACCUAGUGAUACCUGACAUAACAUGAGUGCCUUGCGGUGCUAACCAGAUGUGAAGACGAUCGUAAAAGAACCACUCCAACUCUUGAAUGCGGUUUUAUCAAGAACUGAUGACACCAUGACAUCAUAGGAAGCAUCCAUAGUCUAGGACACAAUUAGGCCUGGAUACCAGGUCACAACUGCCUUGAAGGAAGAGGAGCACCUGACUGAAGGGGAGACACCCCAGCUGAAGAUUCUCAGGGUUGUGGAAGACAGGAUCGAAGGAAGAUGAUUAACCUGGAGCACCUGACGGAGGAGGAGCGGAAGAUCAUCAUGGAUGUCUUACAGAGGGACGAGCAGCUCAGGCAGACGGAGCAGGAGAGAGUCAAGACCAAUACAAGAAAACUGAAAACGGAACUCCACGAGCUGCGAAAGAAAUCCGCAGUCAAGGUCGAUGAUGACAGCGUAGAUAGCGGGAAGAAGGUCUGUGCCAGAUGUCGGGAACCACUCGGUACAAUAUUCAACUCGGGAGAAGUGUGCCCACGUUGCCAGCACAAGGUCUGCUCCAACUGUAAAGUCAUCCUUCCCAACAGCAAGAAGUGGCUGUGUACAAUCUGCAAUAAACAAUUACAAAUCCGACUAGAAUCUGGAGAGGCCUUUGGACCAAAGAGAGAAGGACAGCCGGGAGCCUAUGGUACAGAACUUGUAAAGAUGUCACUAGGACAAAGCAAGACUGUACUUGAACCAAACAUUCAAGUCAACGGUGGUCCGCAGAGCCCUGCAGACUCGGGUUUCCACGGUCGAGGUACCAACGUACCAUCGGUAGGAGGGAGCACCACGUUUGACGAGGACUACCCUAGUGAUGUCAGCUACGAGCAGAGUAUGGUUUCUGGCGUAGAGAGCAUCGGACCUAGCGCCUCUCAGCGGGGCAGCAUCGCACGCCAUGGAGCACCGAUGAACCACGAUGAUAGCACCACUGUAAGGAAUGAUGUUGAAGGAGGGAUGUAUGGAUCGGCUGACAUCACAAUGGAGCGUGUCUCUCCAUCUACCAACAGAAGAAGCAGGCAAUCAGAUCCAAAGUACAAUGCAUCCGAAAGUGGCAUAAAAUCAUUUCACAGUGGCUACACAAAUAUAAAUAUUGAGAAGGGCAAGGUGCCCUUCCCAUUACCUAACUCAUAUUCAAAAAAAGAUAACCAAUCAAGUGCUGUACAAUCUUCUAGUAACAAAAGUUUGCCGUCCAAAUUCCCUUUCACCACCCAAUCCCAUAAGAGUGUAUUACUUAGUGGCAAAGAACCUCGAUAUGACCUGUCGAUGGAUGCUCUAUCUGUAGAUAAAAUAGAUGAUAGGCAGGUAUAUACAACUAAUGUACAUUCACCACAAAAAAUAGUGCCAUUAGUUUCCAAGGAGGGGCAAGACAUCGCCCCCUCUUUCAAAACAAGUGCUCAAUCCCACGUUUUGAAUCCAACCCCUUUGUCUCAUACUACUACCUCAUCUGCCCUUCUAACUAACCCACAUGUAGGUUCCUCAAGGUUCCCUGCACACGUGACUAAUAAAAGGCAUGCCAACGUUGGUGAUUUCACUAAACCAACCAGUAACUCUUACGAAUAUGAUACUGUGAGUUCAGAUAGGGUGUAUUUGAGUAGCGGGGUUUAUGACUUUCAGGAUCAAUCUGUUUCUGAUACUGUCGAUGACACGGCGGGAGAAGAAUCGUCUAGACAGUCGGAUACGGACACCCAGAGUAUUACAAGCUCGAGCACAGUUGCAUGGGAUACCCUCACGGAUACCAAGGAGAUGGAUAACAAGAAGACCACCUCUUCAUCAGAGAUUGACGGGCAGUGCAUUGACAGUAGUGAGAGUAGCGGUUGUCUGCUUCAGGAGGACAAUCUUACAAAGGCCACCUUGCACCAACAUGGAAGCACAGUUGCAAGUUCUGGCUAUGAGUCUGCAUCGUCUCUUUCAUUAUCAAGUGAAGCGAGCCUGAAAACAAACAGCAAGACAUCUAACGUUUCCUCCUUUGGGUCUGAUUUGAGGAGAAUCUUGAUGAAUGAGAGACUUGCUAUUUCGCUGAAGGAUGACUAUCCUUCACUUCAGUAUUUCAGCUACGAUAGCUCACCCAACGACUAUGUCAUUCUCGAGGAAGAGGAGAUUUCAUCGCAACUGAGCUUGUCUGAGAGGAUUGCUCCAGACCUCGUUCCAAACAUUGGAAAUAAUAAUGAAGAUGAACCAAGCAGAUAUGAUAGUGUGAAGUCAGUAUGCAAGAGAGACAUGCCUUUGGCUGAUAUAUUUUAUCUCCAGCAACAGGGAAGUCUGCUUCAGAAUGUGCAGAGUGAGCUCUGUGAUGACAUGGCAAAGACAUCUGCACCAACUGACAGCAUUAUUCAUGAACAGCAUUUGGACAGUGAGGAGAAAGUGGCAAAGCCAAACCCGAGCAUAGAGGACAGUAUUCCAAACGAAAGUCAACAACAAAGCAAAGUCAGCGAUGUGCAGUUAUCCUUCCACGAUCUGGGAAGUAUAAAUUCUCACUAUGUAACAGACCUUGUUGAUGAUGAUGAUGAAAGCAGUGAUUGCAGCUCAAUAGAUAUCUCAAACCUUGACUUCUCAGAGAGCAGCGAGUCGGACACGAACUUGAAUCGUGACCAGGAUAACAAAAGAAGAGUCUUGAAGGUUGGAAGAAAAAUAGCCACGUUUGAGAAUUCAGAAAGAGACAAAUCUGUGAAUGAAUGGGGACUCUCUGAUGAUGGAGAUGGAUUGGUUCCAUUGGUCCUGCCAGGAAUGUUCUCAGGGAGUGAACUAUCAGUCAAGGAUAAAGGCGCUGCUAGUGGAGACGACAGUGAUACCCUUAUGAAUUCACUUCUUAAGAGGCUCAUCAGAACACCAAGCACACCUCAACAGCCAUCUCCUUCAAACCGCAAACCGCUUGUAUCUGAUGAUGAAGAUGAGGAUGCCUUCAAGAGGUUCAGUGAAUCUUUGGAUAUCUCCAGCGACACUGAUUCUCUUGAUGAAGCCCAUCUUGAAUUUGAUCCAUCACUCAUUGCAGACUCGUCAGAGGAAAAAGAGGCUUGUUACAAAUCCAAACUAGAUUACAACAAAGCUCUGAUGCGAUCGUUGAUUAAGGACCUCUCAACUGAUGAUGAGCAAACCUUGAGUGAGAAGGAACAGACUGGUCAAAGAAAAUCUGGUCCAUUGUCGCAGAACAGUCAAAGCCUUGCGAAACAGAGUCCGAGUGCUCUUGCAGGUCAAACACCUGAGAAAACAAUAGAUAAACAAUCUAAACAAUCAUCAAAGAACACUUUUGCUGUGGAAGGUUCUGGAAAUCAUAAGCCCAGGCGUAAGAAAAAGGGCAAGAGUAAAUCCAAAUUAGAUGAUGCUGAAGCAUCUGUAGGUUAUGCCUCUAAAAAGGGUUUGAUGAGGCAGUCAAAGACACAGUUUGGGGUGCUGUCCAGUACCCCUGACGGGAAGACUCAAUUGUAUACACUUGGAGAGGACAAAGACAGGGCUGAGAGUCCAGUAAACCUCAGCAAAGGAAGAUACACUCCUCUCAAAGAUACAGGAGAAGGGCCGCAGCCUUUGGACAGGCCAACCACUCCUUAUGUCUGCCAAUCGCUUCCUCAGCCUCGGAUCCAUCGCAAGCAACCAUCAUCACCCGGUCUUCCAAGAUCUCAUAAUGACAAUGAUUCCUCCUCAUCGUCAUCUUCUUGUGAGGAGGAUGAGGAAGAGGACAAUCGUGAUGAGAUUGACAGCAUCUCCUCGCGUCCAUUCUCCCCCAAUACCAUCACCAGACCGUUCUCUUUUGCAGGUGAUGAUAGUUCUGAUGGUGAACUCUCCGUGAUCAUGGAGGAACCAGAGGACUUGGAUGCAGAGUUAGAACAGUCAUAUGACUCAAAGCUAUGAUAGCAACCACACUUACGCAAUAAUUCAUUGGCUUGCCAUGUAAUUCAGUCUGAAAUCUUGGCCCCGUCUUACUGAAGGAUCGAUAGUAAAAUUGCCCGAGAAAUGUUUCAGUCAGGGAGGAUGGUGCAAAUCAGAGUUCUUUCUUCAGAUGGGGCCAUUGGUUGAUAAAUGUGUGUAUGUACUUUUAUGAAAAUAUCAAUUCUGAAAGUCGUGCUGGUUUGUAUACAUGUAGAUCCACAAUCAGUAUUAUUGUGUUAGGCACCCUGUCAAAUGUUAGAGCCGACUCUCCAUUCUCAUAUGCUUUUCACACUGCAUUUCUAUAACCCCAUAUUAUCCUUAACCCCGUAAUAUCUUUUUUUGAUUUCACACUGUCUUGCUUAGCUGGGGUUAACGUGUCAAACUUGGACUAUCUCACAGCUCAUGAAUAUUGAUAAUUUUGCCACACAGAGCAUGAUUAAUAUGCAAUUUCGACUUCUGUGAUUGGCUACUGCUUAGCCCCAGCCCGGUUUCGUUUCACACUACAUCUCUUAGCACUGUAAUUGUAGUGCUAGCCCCGCAACUAUAACUCUGAUUUUUUUUCCAGGGCCAGACUGUGCUAGCCCACUUUGCUAAAACUUAGUGUGAAACCAAAGUGGGCCAAGCUUAACCCUGGGAAAUUUGAUGGGGCUAAGACCCCCCCCCCAUCCCUUAGCAACACCAAUUUCCCAGGUUUAAGAAAAAUAUGUGCUGUGUGAAAAGCAUAUAUGUCGUCAUAUCAUUGGAGAAUGCAGGAAAAUUGCUACAAGAAAUAGGAGAAUUCUUGCCACAAAAUGCAGCACAGAUUUUUGACAGGAGUUCUUAUCUUUGUACCAUGUAGUUAGGGUGUACACCAUGUCAUAGAGCUUGAGUUCAAGAACAAAGAUAUACAAAGAUUUUUCUUAAAAUUAAUGACUUUCUUGCAUUUAAAUAUUUUCUUUGAAAUAGUCUUGUAUAUCGGAAUAACCACUGUCGAAGGAGUAAGAUUUUUAUGCAUUCAUAUCAUAUACUUAAUGUGUGAUAAUAUAAUACAAGUUUGGUGCUUAUGACAAUGCAGUAAUUGUUAUAUUUUGGUCUCUUAGUAAUUACAAAAAAGGGAGUUUUCAUUUGUCAUAUAAUUUUUUAGAUGAUUAUUUUAUAUAAUGAUUUGUUCCUGUGUCUAUUUCUCUGUGCACGAAAGAAAUCACAUAUCACAAUUAUUGUUACUUCCACUUUUAAUUGUGCCUUAGUCAGUAUUUUUCCAGAAGCCCACCUUUGCAGAAAGUAUAUUUUUAUACAUAUGUUUAUGUCUCUAUUGUAUUGGACCUUAUGAAUUAUGAAAUUAUUUUGAAUUGUUGUGUUAGGGGAUACCAUAUAUGUUGAUGUUCAGUCAGCAUUUGAAUGAUCUGUAACUGUAGCAGACUUCAGUUUUGAAUAACGGGGGUGGUUAGUUGUUUAGAUAUCUUAAACUUUGUUAUCCUGUGUUAUGAUUGAUUUCUGAAUGUUUCCAUUGGUUACUUUUCAUUGCUAGAUUACGAG